AUGUCAGACUUCUUCCGCAGAGCAUCCGAUGCGCUCAAUCACCGCGAGCGUCAAGACUCGACGGCCUCGACGAGCUCGACGGAUGCACCGACCUCCCCCAACGCAGCAAAGCCUCCCAGCCAAGAGCCGAUGAAAAAGUCUGAGUCUGCUCCGGCUGGCUCCCAGACCAAAGACAGCCUUUUUGGCACAGCAACUAAUGAUCUUGACCAGCUGAAGCAUCGCCGCCAUUGGAGCUGGGGAAAACAACAGGAAAAAGGCGCCGAAACAAAACAGCAGCCUAGCCAAGGGUUGAGAGAUAAUGACUGGAUUUUUGGAUCGUAG